AUGCCGCUGCUUGGUCGAAAGCCGUUCAGGCGGACGCUGUGCCCGAGUGAUCUCAGACCGGACGAUCAGGUGUUCUAUCUGCCGCUCACCGGUGAAGUAUUCACUUCCUAUGAGAACUUUUUUCAACGUCAAAUUGCUCUCAGUUCGAUGAUAUGGACCUGUGCAGUAACCGGUAAAACAGGACUCACAUUUGAAGAAGCUCUUGAAUCUGAAAAAAAUGCUCAGGUAAAUCUUUACUUUUGCUGA